AUGGGGGUUCCAACCGGACAAAGGGUGAACUGGACAACCCGGGUCAAACCGGACAAGGGGGAACAACCCGAUGAUGGGAAAUGUGGGUUUGGCGACAUUAACGAUGAGGAGGGGGUGGAUGAUGAAGACUGUAAGGGGAAGACGGAAUUAUGUGAACGCGCACAAUGUGUAACAAAUCAAUGGUCAAAGAACAGGGACAACAGAUCAGAAAAUGAUGCUUGGAAUGAUGUUAAGGGUGAACUGGAAAGACUCUCUGAGGAUAUAAAUAAGAAUGAAGGAAGUAUGAGAACUCAUUGUAAGGGUAAUUCAGAUGAAGAUAGUAGAAUAGUCACUGACAUAGAGAAAAGAGCAUGCCGAUACAUUACUGCAGGUUUAAAGCAUAUUUACAAUAUUCAAGCAAAUUCAAGUGAAAAAGAAAAAGGAAAUGAACAUUUGGAUAAUCAGUUAUUUAAGAGAACUAUGUCAUGCCUCCUCCUAAAUGCCUAUGCGGAUAAGUUGGAACGGGAGGUUAAAUCCCCCUGUAAGGUUGAUAAAGGUACAACAGAACAAGCAUUUGAUAGAUGGAAUAAACAGAGGGAUACUUGGUGUGUGGACAGUGAUAAGAGUAAAUGUUUUAUGUGUGAAAGGCUUAAAGGCUUAAGUUGUACAGUGGGUGGAACAGAAGUGAAGGAAACGUUGAAGACUAUGAUUGAUGACGAUGCCAACAUACGACAAUCUCUAACUACUCUAAAUAAUAUAAAUAACUCCAUAUGCAAUCGUUCACAAUGUGUAACAACACAAAGGACCAGGGACAAAAGGGAUGAGCGCGAUGCGAAGCGCAAAGCGCAGGGCAUAACGGGAAAGGCGAGCAAUCAAGACAGGAUUUGGGAGGUUUGGAAAGGAUUCAUAUUGAACAUUGCUGUCUAA